UUGAAGGUUGGCCUAUAGACUAUCUUGAAAUUGAAAUACUUGUCGAUGGGAAAUUGUCAAAUUUUUGGUUGAAAGUGUUACAAGCUAUAGUUUUUCAAAUCUAAAUCAUAAUAUGGUGGAGCCUUCAGGAAAACUUGGCACCUAUUGCAUCAUAUGCUGUUUUGACAUUUUUUACAAUCAGAGAGUUUGAAGAUAAAUUUUACUGAGUGAGUAUCCAUUUAAGUAAAACAUGAAGACAAAUAGGUACAAGACUUUUAUGAGCAUCAUGAUCAAUUUGAUCUCAAACGAAUUGCAAUUGGCUCAGCAGGGUCAUUGAGAAAAUGUCUAACAAGGAGGUUUUGAAUGGAAUUAGCAAGGUGGGUGUGAUUGGAGCUGGAGCAGCAGGGCUUGUAGCUGCCAGGGAGCUGAAGAGAGAAGGAUUUGAGGUGGUGGUGUAUGAGCAAAAUUCAGAUGUGGGUGGCAUUUGGUUGUAUAAUCCAAAUGUUGGGGAUGAUCCACUUGGAUUGGAGUUAACAGGGCCCAACCAGGGGAUUGCCUACCAGUCUCUCAGAACAAAUGUAGCCAGAGAGCUCAUGGGUUUCAUGGAUUACCCCUUCCUUGUCAAGGAGGGAAGGGACUCAAGAAGGUUCCCUGGUCACCAUGAACUUUUUCUGUACCUCAAGGAUUUUGUAAGGGACUUCAAUUUGGUUGAACUUAUUAGAUUCAAUACUGUAGUUGAGUAUGUUGGGAUGGCUGGUGAAAGGCAGGAGUGUUUUAUGAGUGGUGAAGAUGGUUUGGAUAUGGAUGGGGAUCCCAUGGAUGAGAGAGUUCAAUGGGUUGUGAGAGCAAGGAAUUCAGGAGUUGUGGAAGAGGAAGUAUUUGAUGCAGUAGUUGUGUGCAACGGUCAUUAUAGACAGCCUGUAAUUGCUGAAAUUCCAGGUGCACAAAAAUGGCCAGGAAAGCAACUCCAUAGCUUUAAUUACCGAAUUCCCGAACCAUUUUCUAAUCAGGUUGUGGUUAUUAUUGGGAAAUCAUCAAGCGCAUGUGAUAUUUCAUUGGAUUUAAAGAUGGUGGCAAAGGAAGUUCAUUUGUCUAUACGAUCAACAAAACAUGAAAAAGAUACAAAAGUUCACAUUGAUUUACAUCGCUUUAAUGUGCACCUACAUCCUAUGAUAACCUAUUUAGAUGAAGAUGGAACUGUGGUCUUUGAAGAUGGUUCAAAAAUCAUUGCUGAUUCAAUUAUUUAUUGCACGGGGUAUUCUUAUUCAAUUCCAUUUCUCAAUACAAAAGGAAUGGUGACACUGGAAAAUAAUUGUGUGGGUCCAUUAUUUGAGCAUAUAUUUCCUCCAUUAUUAGCUCCUUCUCUUUCAUUUGUUGGGAUACCCCAACAGGUUGUAACUUUCCCUUUCUUUGAGUUGCAAUCCAAGUGGAUAGCAAGCAUAUUAGCAAGGAAAGUGAAACUUCCCUCAAGAAGGGACAUGGUUAAACUUGUGAAGGAGUUAUAUGAUCAUCACUUGGAAAUGAGUCGCUUAUCAAGACGUCUCGUCCAUGACAUUGAAAAUUUUGAGUAUUAUGACCAGCUUGCAGAUCGAUCGGGAGCAGCCCGUUUUGAGGAAUGGAGGAAAGAAAUUGCAACAGAAAACCUUAAGCUAAUUAUCUCUUAUCCGGAAAUGUUUAGGGACGUAUGGGAUGAAAACUACCUACUUGAAUUGAUGGAGAAAUUCCCUACAACCAUGAAUAAUUAAUUGAUGACAUAGUAAUGGCUAAUUUAUGACAAAAUUAUAGUAUUUCAUGUGUGACAAUCUAACUACUAGAAAUUUGAGGAGCAUAGGUGCUUCUUACUUGUAAAGUUUAUAAAUACUC